CCUUCGCUUCUAUCAUCAGUUUUUACAUCGGCUCCUCUCUCCUCUCUCCUCCUUCAGAUCCGACUCCAAGUGGAUUCUAGAGCUAGGGUUUUCACCGUUCUCCCUCGAAGCUUGUCGUUCACUCCACCGUCGAAGCUCGUCGUCCCUCGAAUCUCGUGGUCGACUCCUCUUUGAAGCUCGUCGUCGACUCCUCCCUCGAAGAUCGUCGUCCCUUGAAGCUCGUCGUCCCUCGAAGAUCGUCGUUUACUCCUCCCUCGACUGUCUUCCCUCUCGAGUCAUCAAAAUAUAAUUUUGCACGAAAUCUGAUCUCAUCCCUUGCGGAUCUGUAAUUUCAAUCAGCUUCAUUUAAUUAUCAGAGAGACAAUUUUAAGGGUGUUUAGGUAGAAGUCUAUCCAUGGCGAUUGAAUGUCUUGUUCUAGGUGCAGGACAGGAAGUGGGAAAGAGCUGUGUUGUUGUCUCUAUUGGAGGGAAGAGAAUAAUGUUUGACUGUGGAAUGCACAUGGGUCACCAUGAUCACCAAAGAUACCCCGACUUCUCUCUCAUCUCAAAAACUGGAGACUUCAAUUCUGCUCUCACAUGCAUAAUUAUCACUCACUUCCAUCUCGAUCAUGUUGGAGCUCUUCCUUACUUUACAGAGGUAUGUGGAUAUAAUGGUCCCGUAUACAUGACAUAUCCAACAAAGGCUUUGGCCCCUUUGAUGUUGGAGGACUAUCGGAAAGUUAUGGUAGAUCGAAGAGGAGAAGAGGAGCAAUUUACUUAUGAUCAUAUAGUUGAAUGCAUGAAGAAAGUUACACCAUUGGACUUGAAGCAAACAGUGCAAGUCGAUAAAGAUCUUCAGAUUCGUGCGUAUUAUGCAGGUCAUGUUCUUGGAGCUGCAAUGAUUUAUGCAAAGGUUGGGGUAAAUGCAAUGGUUUAUACUGGGGAUUAUAAUAUGACACCUGAUAGACAUCUCGGUGCUGCUCAAAUUGACCGCUUACAGUUGGACCUCCUUAUAACAGAAUCCACAUAUGCUACAACUAUACGAGAUUCAAAAUAUGCUAGAGAAAGGGAGUUUUUGUUGGCUGUUCACAAAUGUGUUGCUCGAGGAGGCAAAGUUCUGAUACCAACUUUUGCUCUUGGAAGAGCACAGGAGCUCUGUUUAUUGUUGGAUGAUUAUUGGGAACGCAUGAAUUUGAAGGUUCCUAUAUACUUUUCAGCUGGUUUGACACUACAAGCUAAUAUGUAUUAUAAAAUGCUUAUCAGUUGGACAAGCCAGAAAAUUAAAGACACUUAUGUUACACGUAAUACAUUUGAUUUUAAGCAUGUUUGCCAGUUUGAACGUACUAUGAUAAAUGCACCUGGGCCAUGUGUUUUAUUUGCAACACCUGGGAUGAUCAGUGGUGGAUUUUCUCUCGAGGUAUUUAAACAGUGGGCCCCAUCUGAACUGAACCUUGUGACGCUCCCUGGCUAUUGUGUUGCUGGCACCAUCGGGCAUAAAUUAAUGUCUGGUAAACCGACUAAGAUUAACUUGGACAAGGACACACAAAUUGAUGUUCGUUGCCAAAUUCAUCAGUUGUCUUUUAGUCCUCAUACAGAUAGCAAGGGGAUUAUGGAUCUCAUAGGAUUUCUCUCCCCUCAACAUGUUAUACUUGUGCAUGGAGAGAAGCCUAAGAUGGCAAAGUUGAAAUUAAGAAUUCAAUCUCAAUUGGGAAUUGAGUGUCAUUAUCCUGCAAAUAAUGAGACUGUGUCCAUUCCUACAACUCAGACGGUGAAAGUGGAUGCUACUAAAAAGUUUAUUCAGAAUUGUUCUCGUGCAAAUAUUUCUGGAGCAAUAAAUGGUUUACCUUUGAUUUCAGAGUCUAGUAUCACAGCCAUGUGGAAAUCUUCAAGAGAUGAAAUGGUAGCUGAGGCCAUCCUAGUUAUGGAGAAAACUCAAUCUGCAAAAGUUAUGUGCGAAGAUGAGCUUCUGAAGACUUUUGGGGAGAAGGAACACAAGUUAAAAGUUAUCCAAUAAAA